CAUCGUAAAUAUAUCAGAUUAUUAAAAGCUAUUUAAUCUACUGAUAUGGACGAAGUCAAGUUUUGGAGUUUUUUCAUGUUGAAACAAUACGUUAGCCCACAGUCAUUCGCCAUCCUUGUGAUCAUAGUUGCAUUUUAUAUUUCUUUAAUAAAACAUCGAGAAAAGAUGAUGACUAACCCGCCUCCUGGCCCUAAAGGAUGGCCGUUUAUUGGGAGUCUUCCGUCACUCAAUUUUCAUUCUGAAAGAGUAAUGUACAAUUGGAACGAAAAAUAUGGUCCGGUUUGUCAAGUAAAACUGGGAAGCAGAAAUUUUAUACUUCUCGGUAGCAUUGAAGCAGUUCACGAAGCGUUUGUAAAAAAGAGUGAAAUAUUUUCAGAUAGGUUGAUGAAUUCCGUGCCUCCCUUACUCGGAGACAACGGAAUUCUUUUUAUCAACAAUACAAAUAAACUUGAAGAGCAGCGUCGUUUUGGACUAGCAGCUUUACGUGACUUUGGCAUGGGGAGGCGUAGUAUAGAACCAGCAAUCUUGGAAAAAUGCGAGCACAUUUGUGAACGCGUAGAAGAGUAUUGUGUGAAAGGAGAAGCGUUUAGCAUUGAACCCGCUGUUUAUGAAUCAGUAUCAAGUGUUAUUUCUAAGCUUGUAUUCAACAAAAACUUGUCUGAAGAAAAUGAAGAAUUUAAAAGGCUGCUGAAAAUUCUGAUUGAAGGAACCCCCUACGAUAAGUUUACCGGAUUGAUCUUCCUCGUCCCUGUCUUGAAAUAUAUUCCCCCGUUUUCUUUUGGAUACAAAAUAUCAGAUGACUAUAACAACAGCAUGUGUCGGGAAAUCAAAGUGCAAAUUGAAGAACACAGAAAAUCGAGAGAUAAGAUUGAACCUCGUGAUGUCAUAGAUUGUUUUCUGAACGAGAUGGAAACAACGAAUCGUGCAAGACGGCACUCGUAUUCGGCAGGCUCAGACCACAGAUUUGUUGAGACGGAAACAAGUUUUGUGCACGAUCAGUUGAUAAAACUAGUUCGUGAUCUUUUUCUUGCUGGAUCUGAAACGUCAUCUACUACAUUUUGUUGGUUGAUGUUAUACGUCACACUUAAUCCCGAGAUUCAAUCUCACAUGCAUCGAGAGAUUGAUUUCGUUUUAGGAGAAGACUGCCGUGCAAGUGUAGCAAAAUCAGAGAAGAUGCCAUACACCAGGGCCGUGAUCCAGGAAACAUUACGAAUUCGACCUGUUGCUCCGGUUGGGAUUCCUCAUGUUGCUGCUAAAGAAGAUACUAUUCUGGGCUACAAUAUUCCAAAAGGUUCAAUCGUAGUUUCCAACAUCUUUAGGAUCCACCAUGACAAAUCGGUUUGGGGAGAUUCAGAAAAGUUUGAUCCAGGGCGCCAUAUUACCGCAGACGGAAAAUUCAUUAAAUCCCCUAACGUAAUUCCAUUCUCGAUCGGAGCUCGACAAUGCCUUGGACAACAGCUAGCGAUAAUGGAAUUAUUUCUCAUCACCGCAACGCUAUUUCAACGUUAUCACUUUAUUCUUGAUCGGCCAGAUGAAGUUGAUAUAAAAGGAUAUAAUAUGUUUACCUUGCGCCCUAACCCAUAUAAGGUUUUUGCGGAAAGACGCUGAUUUAAUCGACACUGUAUUAUAAUCUGCGUGAAGGCAAACGAUGUUUAUAUUUGCAUUUAGUUUUGACCGUGUCCUGCCGGAUCACUUUGUUUUGCUUCCUUAAAAAAGGCUUUAUAGAAAUCCUAUUAAUUUUAAUUCAUGCAGCCAACUGAGCCAAGUAGCAAUCACAUAUCUGACUUUUUAUUCAUUUGGAAUGUAUUUGUUCUAAGAAUUUAUGAUUUUAAAUUUAAUGUUUAUUGUGAUUUUCACCUCUUUUCUGCUUACUAUGUGAUUUCCUAACUAAUUCACGGCGUUGAUUUAAGAAUUCUGUGCGUUUCAAAUUUUGUAUUUUCUGUGUAAUUGAAUCAAUUUUCUGUUUUUCCAAAACCAACAUUGUAUAUUCCUAUUAUUUUGUGCAAUAUUGCUUCUGCUAGUUCUCGGAAACAAUACUUAGUUUUUGUAUGAUUUCUGAUGAUGAUUUUUGAGUAUGAUCUGCAGAAUGAUCCAAUUUGUAACUCAUUGUAAAGCUAACGACACAACAAUUCAAUGAUUUGAAUUUGAUGAAUUUAAUGAUCCAACUAUUAAGCAACCCCUUGCAAUGACAUUUUUCGAGCUUUAUUCGCCUGCUAUUUUACUGCAAAUUAAAAUAAUAUGAAUCGAAGCGGAAUAGACAAAAAACUCGUUUUUAUAGCUAUAGUUACUAAAGUCGGGUUUGGUAUGGUCUUACCUCCUCAUAUUUAAGAUUAUAAGAACCAAAAUUAAAUUUAUCAACUGGGGAUUUUGUUUCGGUCAUACCCCGAAAACGUAGAAAAGCAGUAUACCGUCACGCUAAUUAACAAAGAAUUAUUUUCACAUAAUGAAUUAUUUUGCAUCACGUUGUGUUCAAAUCGUUUCCUUUGAAGAUAUUAUAAUGACCUAUUUAUAUACAAUGACAUUCUGAUAUAUCUAUAACAAACAAAAAUGAAUAAGAGUGAAAAAUUAUUCAACUGUAGGCCUACAAACAUACAAGCAUGAGACGGCAAUAAGUCUUGCGGUGUCGUUUGUGUACGCUUUUUUUGUCAAAGCAUGAUUUACCUUAUAGGAUCGUGGGAAGUUUUUAUCAAAAAAAUAUGCGAUGAUAAUAAAAAAUAAUGAUGGAUUAAAGAGCUUACUGAAAAUUGUUUUUAAUAUGUCUAGCGUGAAUGAUUGACUUCGGAUAUUGAUUCAUUAUGGUGACUUAAAUCAUAUUGAGAAUAAAACACCAAACUGCUUAUAGAACGCAGUUUUGUUCAUUGAUCCGCAAAAAUGAAUUUAAAGCGUCAUAUUAGUAGAGUAAAUACUAUACUUUUCGGAACAUUGAGGUACCCAAAUUUAAAAACAGCAAGCAAAUUUCAUAAACAGUUUUUGUGGGUUUAUGAACUACGCAACGGUACAAAGUCUCUCAAGCCAAAAGAGAAAUUCACUGUGACGUCAUGCAUGACGUUAUUUUUAUUACCGCAUUAUCAUGUGACGAACACCGUGCUGACUCAUUUUUAGACAAUAAACGUGGGAUUUGAUACUAACACGUCAUCAUGUGAGACGGAAUGGCAAAAAUCAGUCAGUUUUAAAUUUCAGUAGCGGUUUGCAAAUAAGUAAAUAACGGCUAGAAAAAUAAAAAAUAAAAUGUUUCGAUUAAGAAUCAGAUAUUGUGCCACAGAGAAAACCCACCUUGUUUAUUUUCCUGCCUUGAAAAUAUCAUUUUUAGUCUCAGUAUAAAUACAAAUUAGCAUUUUGUGAUAUUGCGGGAUUUCCCCCAUGUUUUAAUUUAUGUCAACUUUCAACAGAGCAAUUUAAAAGUUUCCUAUGUUCGAGAGCACCGCCAUUAAUAGUAGUCGUAUAAGUUGUCGCGAUGUGUAUGUUAUAGUCAACUGGAAUUAUAUUCUGAUUAACUUAUGAUAUCAUAAUAUAUCUUAUUUUAUCUAUAUAGUUAUUCACGUAUAUUGCUUUUUUGAUUUAUUGAAUAUUGCAUUGAUUUGCAAUGUAUUAUUUU